AUGGGCGACAUAAAGCCCAGAGAGGUCCAAGCGACAUACCUCGAGAUUCCACCAAACAGCUUGAUCACUGGAGACAGGAGGGACACCGCUGCAGCCUAUAAUACUGGGGUAGGGAAGAAGCAGACGAUCUUCCCGCUCACCGGUAACUCACGAGACCACGCACUCUCCAACCCACUCUCAUCCCGGUCCUUCCUCGACUGCCUAAACCUGAAACGGGGCCCAACUACACAAGGAGAGCUAAUCCAAGAUGUCGACCGAAACAUGGCCUGA